UUCAGGUAUUUUUUUUUAAAUUUCUCACUCCUUUUCGAUUUUGAUUUUGAUGUUAGAAAAAAAUAUUUUUGAGAGAAAAGAAACAAACUGGUUCAAAAAAUAAAUUAUAUUAUAUUUUGGAAGCAUUUUUAAAAAACGUAUCUAAUUUACAGCGAAACAGCAAGUUUCAUUCAACAACUAAACUCAACAUUGCGAGAUUUCAUUUUUAUUUUUAGUGAUGGUGAUUAAUCUGAAAAACAGUAGUGUAAGAUUAAAUAUGCUGCAAUAAUAUGUUUUAUAUUUUAUAGUAACUGAUGUUUAGUCUCUAAGCCAACAGAAAAAAAUGGGAGCAUUCUUGGAUAAGCCAAAAACUGAAAAGCAUAGCGAGGGAGGUAAUGGCAAUGGAUUGUCAUAUGGCCUUAGUAGUAUGCAAGGCUGGAGAAUUGAGAUGGAAGAUGCACAUUGUGCACUUGUUGGUCUUCCCCAGGGUCUGAAAGACUGGAGUUUCUUUGCAGUCUUUGAUGGACACGCAGGAGCACGAGUAAGCAUGCACUGUGCAGAAAACUUAUUAGAUACCAUCAUCCAGUCUGAAGACUUUUGCAAUAAUACGAAUGCCAAUAGCUGCAACAGUCAAGUGAAGAUGGAAGAUGCUGAAAGGAUUAAAAGUGGGAUAAAAGAUGGUUUUCUAAAACUUGAUGAAAAGAUGAAGAAAAUUCCUGAAAUUGCUUCUGGUGAGGACAAAAGUGGUUCAACAGCUGUUUGCACACUUAUUUCUGCAACUCAUUUUUAUUUUGCCAACUGUGGAGAUUCUCGUGCUGUUUUGUCUAGAAAUAAACGGGCAUUCUUCGUCACAGAAGAUCAUAAACCAAUCAAUCCGGCCGAAAAGGAGCGCAUCCAGAAAGCUGGUGGUAGUGUAAUGGUACAAAGGGUUAAUGGCUCCUUAGCCGUCUCACGAGCUUUGGGUGACUAUGAGUACAAACAGGUUGAAGGGAAAGGACCAUGUGAACAACUUGUAUCUCCUGAACCUCAGGUUGAUGUCUUAGAGAGAUGCACUGAACUUGAUGAGUUUCUCGUGUUAGCUUGUGAUGGUGUAUGGGACGUUAUGACUAACGAUGAAAUUUGUGAUCACAUUAGGUAUAUGAUGCAAGUCACUUCAGAUUUAGAGUAUAUUUGCAACUGUGUCAUAGAUGCUUGUCUUUGUAAGGGCAGCAAAGAUAAUAUGAGCAUCGUACUUGUAGCUCUGCCUGGAGCUCCUAAAGUAUCAGAAGAAAUCUCAAAUCAAGAUAAAGAAAUUAAUAAAAUUUUAGAAGCACGUGUUAAAGAAAUUAUAUCUGGUUCUGGAAAAGUAGAAACAUGUGAAUUGAUGAGGAUCUUAGCAGAUGAUGAAAACAUUCGUAAUUCCUUGAUGCUUUUGCCCCUAGGAGCGUUAUUUUUUAAACACUCGUUUUUGGAGGAAGUAUGUAAUAAUUUUACAAGUAAUUCAUCAGGAAGAGAAGAAAAUCAGAGUUCUAUGCCAGAUGUAGCUGCUGUUACACAGACUUAAAGUUGAUGCUCACUGCAUGGUGUGAAAGACGAUAUUUUUUGUAGCCUGUGGAGUGAACAAAACUAAUUGCUAUCUGAUAUUGCUAAUAUUCAAGGAAUUGUUCUAAAGUGUGUGACAAAAAUGCAUAUUUCUGAUCCAAGAAAGACUUAACCAUUCUUCUAAAAGAAUAUUAAGUUGUUCUGAAAAAGUCUGAUUUAUCCAUGUUAGAAAAGUUUCCAUUUUUAUUUCAUAGAACAUUUGAAAUAUAUAUAUAUAUAUACAUAAAAAUAUAAAGUUUUAAUUGUAAUUUAACUGUAAAAAUAAAUAUUGAAAACCUGUUGAGUAAUAUACACACUGUAUGUUUUUGAGCAAAUAUUGCUUUGUCAAUAUAUAUUUCUUAAGAAUAUUUUAAAUACGGCCACAAGCAUGGCAUUUUUUCCCCUUGAAUCAGUUUUAUCUGAUAAUGUUGAGGGAUUUUUCUUAAUAUGUUUAUCUUUCUUAAUUUUUUAAUAAAUGUUUUAAUCAGUCUGA